UCUGUGACGCUCCCGUCGUAUCAGCUCCUUCUCUACUGCUGGCUAGUCCCUCACUGCCUCGACCUCCUUGUGCUGCCGUCUUGUUGGUGCGUCGGGCAGGCUAAUGCUCGCCGUCUCGCGGUGUCUUCUGUGCCGUCUUCGCCGUCUGAAACGCCGUCUGCCGGCUAUAAGGGACCUCGGAUGCGCCACAGCCAGACAAUCAGCGCCGCUAAAGCCUGCAUGUGGGUAGACAGACAGUUGAGGGAGAGAGGGAAGGUCAAAUGAUAGGAGCAGGCAAUCUGCGUCACCUGCGUAGCAAUUGCAUCUGCGUGUGUGGGUGUCGCAGUCGCCAUUGCCGCCACACGCGGCGUUGUCGUUGCCUGGGCACACACCGCCCUUGCUGAUGGGCGUACGUGGGUCGAUCUCCGCCACUAGUGAUGCAUCGGAUGUGUCACAGGCCGCCCCCUGCCACCCACUACCGCACAGACACGCCCCGUUGACGCACAGACCAUGGCCAUUGCAGUUGUCGCGACACUCCGGCAGCUGGAUGUCGCAAGCCACACCUACCGAGUACAAGAAUAAUUGGGUGUCUGUCUGCAGACCGUUUGACAGAGUCUGUCCGUUCUUCCACUGACCUGUGAAGCCUUCAUCGCACUGGCACUGAUUGGUGUGGACAUCGCAGCGGCCAUGAGUGCCGCAGCCGACCCCACCGCCGCAGGCAGCCGAUAUUGAGAGCACUGCAGGGGUGGUGGCGGACGGGGUGGGCUCUUGUCGCUGCUGGCACUCAUCACCCGUCCACCCUUCGUCGCACACACACGUGCCUGGGUCGUCGCAUGUGCCGUGUCCGCUGCAGCAGAAGCUGGUCGAACAGUCGAUGCCCUUCCAGCCGGCGAAACACAGACACGCACCCUGAACCAACACAGAAAGAGAGGCAUAUGAUCCAUGGUUUAUUAUGUGUGUGUAGUCGAUGGCCUGACCUCGACACAGUCUCCGUUGUGUGAGCAUUCGUUCGGACAGGCGUGCUCGCACAAAUGGCCACUGCAACCAAAGCGAGAGAGACAAAGGGAAAUGCAGACAGGUGGGAAUGGCAUCGUGUACACCCUGCACCUGUACCUGUAUCCUGGAUCGCAGUCGCACACGCCGUCGCGACACUUGCCGUGUCCGUUGCAGUCAUCGUCACACGACUUCUCGGGGUUUGUCCUCAGCGUCCACAUGGACGACCGCGAGUCUUGCAUCAGGCUGGACAGAGGGUGCAUCUGCAGCGACGACGUCUGGUACUGCCCGUUCUCCACCGAGCAGUCCACCCCGCCCCAUCCGUCCUCACACGCACAGCUGCCCUCGUUGCAGACCCCCCUCCCAUUGCACUCGACCGAUGACACGCCUACGGGCGGGCAUCGUUUGUCGGCGCAUGAGGGGCCCUUCCACUCCAGCUGGCAGGUGCACAGGCCGCCCUCACACGUGCCGUGGUCGCCAUUGCAGCCGUCCAGACAUGCGUCGGGGGAUGCUGUGGCCGUGGAUGGGAAUGUGGCGAAGGAGGACUGGUCUGCGUCGGAUGGUUGCAGCAGCUGGGCAUGCACUCGUGUCUCGCAGUGUGGGCCGGAGAACCCCGCCACGCAUAUGCAGCCCAUCUCCUCGCACACACCGUUCACGCCACAGUCGCCAUCAGUAGCACAUGCGGCACCAGCCGACGUCGCCAUGUCCCUGCCCGCCAAUGGCCGCCCCGUGUCGACCUCGUCGUGUGUUGUGAGAGCCGCCCGCGGACCGUUGCGAGGGAGGGAUGGGGGGGAUGAGUCGCCUUGCUGCCUUCCCUCCAAACUGUCGAGGCGAUGCAGAAGCAUCUUCACUCUAGACUCGAGCUGGCCCAGCUUGGUGCCGCCGCCACCCUUCGGUUGGAGGUCCCGCAGCUUGCCCAGCAGCCGAAUCGCCUCAGCUUUGUCGUCCCUCUUGGUGUGCGGUGUCGUGACCGUCUGGGGUGCUGGCUUGCCGACAAAGGUUGCGAGAUCCUCGGGAGUGUCGUCAUUGCUGUUGCCUUCAGGGGCUGCUGGCUCGGCUGCUGCGGGGGACAACUGCUGCACGAUGCCUCUCAGACGUGUGACCAGGGAGGGGUCAAUGCGUAAGGCAGAUCCGCGUGGUGCUGUGAGGGCCUGCAAGAGCUGCUUGCUGUAGAAGGCAGCGUCGGGUGAGCUGAGUGAAGAGUCCGUGGGCAGGUACUGGCUGGCAUCGCCCCCAGCAUCAGAUGGAUCGCUCAGAGGGCUUCUCAUAUCGACAUCCUCGUCAGCAGCUGGCGGCACGGCAUCCUUCACAAAGAGAUACUGCAAAAGGAAGAGAGACCCAUGAGCAACACACUCUAUUCUUUCUUACAUCAUGGCUCACCGGGCUGUACACUUGCUGAUUGCACGUUUCUCCGCCCCAGCCAUUGUGACAGUGGCAUUGCCCGGCCUCGCAUAUGCCAUGACCUGCAGGCACGAGCAACGACACGACACGACGUGUGGAGAGGCACUCGGCUGCUCGUCAAUCACCGUAUGCAAAGAUCCUUGCCUGAGCAGUCCGUCGGGCAUAGCUCUUGAAUGAAGCAGGUAGCCCCGGUCCACCCAGCGCCGCACACACACUUACCUGACACACAGGGGCGUGGACAAUACCAUGGGAAAUGGUACUGUCGUCUGCUGCUGGUGCCACGUACCGUCUACACAUUGUCCAUUGGGAGCGUUGCAGUCGUCUGGGCAAGGCUGCGGUACAUUGCAUACGUCGCCAGUCCACCCGCCCUCGCACUCACACAUCUCGACUCCACCACUGUGGGUGCACCGCCCGUGGCCGGAGCAUGCCCUCAGGCACCGAUACCCAUACCUAUUGUCGUCCACCAGUUCCCCGCCCCUCUCCUCCCCCGUUGCAUGCUGGACGGCAGAGGCACCCAGCGAUAUAUCAUCCUCAUCCUGUGUCGGCACAACAGACAGGAACAGCCUAUCAGGCAGGGACCGCAAUGUUUGUCGUGUGGACGUUGCACACCUGUGCCAGCAGUCGGAAGCUGCAGUCGGGCCCCGCCCAUUGGCCGUGGCAGACGCAGAAGCCGUUGAUGCACCGGCCAUGGGACGAGCAGCCGUGGGCGCAGGAAAUGACGGACGCAGCUGCGUGGCUGGACACCUGGACCAGCGAGGGAUGAAAGCCGUCAUCGGCUCUCAAGAUACCUGACGCAAACACCCAUGGGACGGGAGAUGCUCCAAAUGGAACCAAACACUUACCAUUCGUCUUGUUUGUGGCUGCAUCUGCCGCCCGUACACCGCCAACGGCACCCACAAGAAUCGACAAGAGGAACCAGAGGAUGCUCGUGGCUUUCAUGAUGGCAAUUCUCCAUCCUCUGACGCCCUCAUGCCCCUGGGGACUCCUUCCAAAGAGUGAAUUUACG